AUGGAUGACGAAGAAUCUGAGAGGCAAAGGAAACUAAAAGCCGGACGAGAGAAGGUAAAAUCAUGUUACUACUUGUAUUUGUAUCGUAAACUGACCAUUCGACUAUGAACACUGACUGCACUUGCUUCUAGAUUAAUUUCGAAAAUUAAUCUUAAGAAGGCCGAAAAUUUUAAUUUAACACAAAUACGAUGCCUGUUUUGUUUGUGUUAGUUGCUGCAGUUUCAGCAAAGGAAAACAGGCGGUAAAAAGAAGAAAAAGACAUCGAGUAAAUCGUCUAAGAGCAAGAACGAGGGUGACGGUGUGCAGCAACAUAGUGGUGAAAUUGGCGGGAACUCAUCAGCAAAUAGUGAGCAAGAUGUCAGCAUAGCUUCUGCUGAUACUGACAAAGAUGUUUCAUCUAUUGCUUCUGAAGUAGAGGAACAAAUAGCACCUGCACAACAG